CGGACGGUGCGUGCCGAGGCUAUGUCGCUCUUCCAGUCCGCACUGGACUUCCUGGCGGGUCCCGGCUCCCUGGGGGCCGCCAGUCGCGACCAGAACGAUUUCGUGGGACAGACGGUGGAGAUGGGAGACAUGAAAUUGCGCAUCAAGCGAGUCAUCGCCGAGGGUGGUUUUGCUUUUGUCUAUGAAGCUCAAGAUCUUGGAAGUGGAAAAGAUUAUGCUUUAAAGAGAUUGUUGUCUAAUGAAGAAGAAAAGAACAAAGCCAUUAUUCAGGAAGUUUGUUUUAUGAAAAAACUUUCAGGUCAUCCUAACAUUGUGCAGUUCUGCUCUGCUGCAUCUAUAGGAAAAGAAGAAUCAGACACAGGACAGGGAGAGUUUCUUCUGCUUACAGAGCUGUGUAAAGGACAACUAGUGGAAUUCUUAAAGAAAGUAGAAUCCAAAGGACCGAUUUCCUGUGACACAGUUUUGAAGAUCUUUUAUCAGACCUGCAGAGCAGUACAACAUAUGCAUAAACAGAAGCCUCUUAUUAUCCAUAGAGAUUUAAAGGUGGAAAACUUGCUUAUUAGUAACCAGGGGACAAUUAAACUUUGUGACUUCGGUAGUGCUACAACUGUAGCUUACUAUCCUGACUACAGCUGGUCUGCACAGAAGAGAGCACUGGUCGAAGAAGAGAUCACAAGGAAUACAACACCAAUGUACAGGACACCAGAAAUGAUUGACUUGUAUUCAAAUUUUCCAAUUGCUGAAAAACAGGACAUCUGGGCUCUGGGCUGUAUCCUGUACUUGCUGUGCUUUAGGCAACAUCCAUUUGAAGAUGGAGCUAAGCUGCGCAUAGUGAAUGGGAAAUACGUGAUCCCUCAGAAUGACACUCGCUAUUCGGUGUUUCAUGACCUCAUUCGCUCCAUGUUGAAGGUGAACCCAGAGGAGAGAUUGUCAAUCACUGAGCUUGUGAGUCAGCUGCAGGAGAUUGCAGCAGCUAGGAAUGUGAAUCCUAAAUCCCCCAUCACAGAGCUCCUGGAACAAAAUGGUGGCUAUGGGAACAAUGCUCAGCCUCGGACAUCCGUGACCUCCAUUUCACAGAGCUCCAAGCCUGCAGGACAGCUCAACAAUAUGUACAAUGCAGGCCUGACCGUUGCGGAAUGUGACCAGACUUAUGGAGGGUUCUUUGAUAUUCUGAGGGGUGGAACAGAGCGAUUUUUCACUAAUAUUAAGGAUACAUCUUCUAAAGUUAUCCAGUCUGUGGCCAAUUACGCAAAAGGAGACUUGGAUAUAUCAUACAUCACUUCCAGAAUUGCUGUGAUGUCCUUUCCAGCUGAAGGUGUAGAAUCUGCCAUCAAAAAUAACAUAGAAGAUGUGCGGUUAUGUCUGGACUCCAAACAUCCUGGCCACUAUGCUGUGUACAAUCUUUCUCCAAGAACAUACAGACCUUCAAGAUUUCAUAACAGGGUUUCUGAAUGUGGCUGGCCAGCAAGACGAGCACCAAAUCUUCAGAACCUAUACAGCAUAUGCAAGAAUAUGCAUUCCUGGCUGAAACAAGAUCAGAAGAAUGUUUGCAUUGUGCAUUGCCUUGAUGGAAGAGCAGCAUCGGCUGUUGUUGUUUGUUCUUUUCUGUGUUUUUGUCGGCUCUUCACUACUGCUGAAGCUGCAGUUUAUAUGUUCAGUAUGAAACGCUGUCCUCCUGGCAUUUGGCCUUCUCAUAAAAGAUACAUUGAAUACAUGUGUGACAUGAUGGCUGAAGAACCCAUUAUUCCUCACAGCAAGCCCAUCCUUGUCAGAUCCAUCAUCAUGACUCCAGUUCCUCUCUUCAGUAAGCAGCGUAAUGGAUGCAGGCCUUUUUGUGAAGUUUAUGUGGGAGAUGAGAGAGUAACCACUACCUCCCAGGAAUAUGACAAAACGAAGGAGUUUAAAAUUGAAGAUGGGAAAGCAGUAAUUCCACUGGGUAUAACAGUCCAGGGAGAUGUUCUCAUUGUGAUUUAUCAUGCCAGGUCAACACUAGGAGGCCGACUGCAAGCCAAGAUGGCUUCAAUGAAGAUGUUUCAGAUUCAGUUCCACACAGGGUUUGUGCCACGAAAUGCCACCACUGUGAAGUUUGCCAAAUAUGAUCUGGAUGCCUGUGACAUACAAGAAAAAUAUCCUGAUUUAUUUCAAGUCAAUCUGGAAGUAGAAGUGGAGCCCAGAGACAGACCCAGCUGUGAACAGCCACCAUGGGAUAACAUGAAUAUAAAGGGACUGAACCCCAAGAUUCUGUUCUCUACCCGGGAGGAACAGCAGGAGAUUUUAUCAAAAUUUGGGAAACCAGAGCUGCCUAGACAGCCAGGUUCAACUGCUCAAUAUGAAGCAGAAGCAUCCCAGAUGGAGCAGUCCUCAGAAAGUGCACAGACUGAUACAGAAUCCCCACACAGCAGUAGUACUGAUGCAAAUAACUUCUUUCAUUCUCUGGACUGGAAAGAGGGAAAAAGUCCAGAAAGUGCAGUAGAGGAUAGUUCACCUAGAACUGAUCGUGCUCAGCUGUCGGAUGACAGGGAGGAGAGUGAUCCUUCAGAUGAGGAAAUACCUACAUUUACAUGUGAAGAAAGUGCAGUAACUGUUGAUGAAAAAGAUUUAGUUACUCCAGAAGGAGAAUCAUUGUUUGAAGCUGACUUUGAAGCUUCAUCUGCACCAUUACAAAAACCUCUUCCUGAAGAAAAUGUAGACUUACUGGGACUAGACUCUGAUACUUCACCUGAAUGGAAACCACCUGUCUCAGAAACAAACUAUUCAUCAAGUAAUGCAGAUUUGCUGAACAAUCUGUUUGUGGAUAAUACAUCAGAGAUUUUAAAAGAGCCCACUGGAGAUCUCCUUGGCGAAGGAACAGAUUUCUUUUUCAGCAGUCAGUGUCCAACUGCUACUCAGGGUACAACUUCAGCAGCAGCCACAUCUUCAGCUGAUCCUUUUGACCCAUUCACAAGGUCAUCAAGUUCAGAGAAUCAAGCCCUCUCUGGUCCAGACCUCUUUGGGGACUUUCUUAAUCCAAGUUUAGCAUCUACAUCAAGUACAGUUCCUUCCACAUACAGUUCAGUUAUGCCUUCUUCCAGCUCAGAUUUCUUAAAUUUAGGGAAUUUGACACCGGAGCCACCUAAAAUAUCAUCUUCUGCAAGCCACCCAGAUCUCUUAGGUGGAUGGGAUUCCUGGGCAGAUUCCUCAGCAACUAGCAGUAUGGCACCACCACAGUUGAAGCCUGUUUUUGAAGGACAAGCUUUUACCACAGGGAGCCAGUCCAGUGCUUCUUCAGGUCCUUCUUUCAGCCAGGCUAAAUCUCAGAACUUUGAUCCUUUUGCUGAUCUUGCCAGUCUUGGAUCUGGUCUUCCAGGUUCCUCCAGUGGUGGACUUUCAAGUAGUGGCUUUGGUCAGAAGACUGCUCCAUCUCAGAAACUGGGAAAUCAGUGGCAGAAAUCCACAAAACCACCAACUACUACUUCAUGGCAGUCCCAGAGUAAAUCCAGCACAGCAGCUAAACCAAAUUACACAGUGAGCUUUAGUGUCAUUGGAGGACGAGAAGAAAGAGGAGUGAGAACCCCAAGCUUUGGUCAGAAGCCAAAAGUUUCUGAAAAUGAUUUCGAGGAUCUUUUAUCUAAUCAAGGAUUUUCAGCUAAAUCUGAUAAAAAGGGACCAAAGACCAUUGCUGAGAUGAGAAAACAAGAAAUGUCUAAAGAUAUGGACCCCUUGAAACUCAAGAUUCUUGAAUGGAUUGAAGGAAAGGAGAGAAAUAUCAGAGCAUUAAUAUCCACUCUUCAUACAGUGCUUUGGGAAGGGGAAAAUAAGUGGAAACCAGUCAGCAUGGCAGACUUAGUAACUCCUGAACAAGUAAAGAAGUACUACAGGAAAGCAGUGCUUGUAGUUCAUCCAGAUAAGGCCACAGGACAACCUUAUGAGCAGUAUGCCAAAAUGAUCUUCAUGGAAUUGAAUGAUGCAUGGUCAGAGUUUGAAAGCCAGGGAUCAAAGUCCCUUUUCUAAAGAAUCAUCCUUUACAGAACUGCUUCCAGAAACCGGAGCUGAGCAUUGUUGUGACUUCCUUGCGCCUGUGACUUAUGAAGUGCUUUUCCAUGAUUUCAGUGAAGUUUCUAGUCAUUCACUUCAGUGUGGUAUCUUGUGAGAUGCAGAGUACAAAGCAUUACAUAGAUGCAUUAAGAAAACAGCUGCUCAGUGCUUAAAGAGAGGCACAGUAUGACAGUAAAGGUAGAAUAGGUUGGAAGAGACCU